CCAGCAGCAGACCAGGGAGGCCGGGCGGUGCCGCGUCCCAGGAGGACUCCCCAGGGCACUGUGGCCUCCGACCUUCAUGGACUCAGCAGCUCCAGUUCCCGCCCUGGGCUGGGCUGUGACCGCCAGACGCACAGGGAGGCGCCACGCCAGCAGGAGCCCAGGAGCCGAGAACCCGCACCUGCUGGGUGGCUGUGAGUGACAGGGACUGCCCCGGACCUCCACGUGGCCAUCAGCGGUGACGAGGAAGACCAAGACCCGGGCAGCGGAGGAGAGCACUCAGGACCGCGUUUCCCAGCGGCCAGGGAGCAGCGGGGUCGGCCGCCUGGCGUCAGGGACAGCGGCCCCCCUCCAUCUCACCCCAUCCGCCUCUGCUCACCUCAGGACCGCGUUCCAGCAGGCCAGGGGGACCCGGAGGCUGCCUGUGGCUCCCUGAUGUCCAGGGCGGAGAGGGUGCCUCCACGCAGAGCCCAGAGCAGUGGCCGGGACUGGGACGGGGGCGGCCCGCUUGCUGAGGGCACAGUCCCCCACCCAUCUGCCCCCCGCCCCCAACCCCACUCCAUCCUGAGGCGGAACCCGGAGCACAGGCCCCGAGGGGCUGAGCCACAGAGAGCGGCCAGGCGGGUCCGGUUCCGGGAACCCCUGGAGGCGGCCGUCCACUACAUCGCCAGCAGGGACACCACAGCCACAGGCGAGGUGCCCUGCCGGCCCACGCCGCGCGGCAGCUCCCUGCUGCUGCCGCUGGCCCUGUGCGUCCUGCUCUUGGUGGCACUGGGCCUGUACUGUGGCCGGGCCAAGCCCGUGGCGACAGCCCUGGAAGAACUCCGGGCCCGGCUGCUGGUCCUGGCCCUGCACCUGCGGCACGCGGCCCUCGCCUGCUGGCGCUGCCUCCUGCAGCUGUGACAGCAGCCGGACGGAUGGACGGACGGACGGAUGGACGGACGGCCCCGGGCAGGCAAAGCCGUCGUGACGGA